UCUGCGCACACAGCAUUCGCCGCCCUUCCUUGGUCACUGAACUAAACUGAAAACAAAACUUUUUUUUUCUGAAAACAGUUUCGUUUCUGAUGCAGCAUAUCUUUCUGUAUUUCUUGCAUUGUACAUGCUGGCGUGACAUGGCCGGCUUUAUUUAUUAAUACCCAGCAGCAAUGCAAACAGGGUCCUUGCCUGCUGUUGUACAGUAGCAGGGGGCCCUGUCUUUCACCUCCCCUCUGACACUGCACGUGGAGCCCUGUGUAUGCCCCUCUCAUGCCCCCCACAGACAGGAGCCCUGGCACAAGGCCCUUCACCUAGUCUUGCCUUGCAUAUUUUCUGCCAUGCGGGGUAGAUAAAGAACAAGCUCACGAGUGUUUAUACUUUGUUUUUUGUGUUUACGGAGUUAGGCAGGCAUGGAUGGGCAAAGUGCAGUGGGCACAGCCGGCUGUGCCAUCAGAAAGGAGGAGGCUGCUAUGGACAAGUAUCUGAGGUCCCAGGGUUUGUACAGAAAAAAAAUUGCCAAGGAUGGCUCAUGUCUCUUCAGAGCAGUGGCUGAAAAGGUUUUGCGCUCCCAGGCCUGUCAUCUGGAGAUCAGGAAAUCGUGUAUAAGUUAUCUACGUGAAAACAAAGACCAGUAUGAAGCUUUUAUCGAGGGCUCCUUUGAAGAUUAUUUGAAAAGACUAGAGAAUCCACAGGAAUGGGUUGGUCAAGUGGAAAUAAGUGCCCUUUCACUAAUGUUCAAGAGAGAUUUUGUAAUUUAUCAAGAGCCUAAUAUUCCUCCUGCUUAUGUCACUGAAAAUAACUUUUCGGAAAAGAUAUUGCUGUGCUUCUCAAAUGGGAAUCAUUACGAUAUUAUCUACCCCAUUGGUUUUGAAGAAAAUGCUGCUGUGUGCCAAUCUUUAAUUUAUGAGUUACUUUAUGAUAAAGUGUUGGGUGUAAAUGUUACGAAACAGAUGUUGAAAUCAGACAUUUAUGACUUAAAUGCUGAAGAAGAAUUAUUUGACAGUGGUGGGUCGGAAUCCGAUCUGGAAGAUGAAGUUGCCAGUGGGAAAAACUUUGCUGAUAUGAAUGGAUUUAAGUCUCACAAAGAUAAGCAAAAGAAGAAUGGCAAUCUCAUAGUUUCUCAAAAUGUCCUACGUUCUCUUAAUCCAUUGGUUUACAGAAAUGUUGAAUAUGAGGUUUGGCUGAAAUCAAAGAAAGAUCAGCAAAAACUUGACUUUUCAAUAGCUGCUGGCAUGCAGUAUUCUGUUGGAGACAAGUGUAAAGUUCGCUUACAGCCAGGUGGAAAGUUUUUUAAUGCCCAUAUUCAAGAAGUUGGUGCAGAGAAUGGACCAGUUGUAGUAUUUGUAGAGGAGCUGGGGAUGAAACAUACAGUUCAGCUGAAAAACCUUAAACCAAUUCCACUGACAAUCAACAGUAGUGAUGGCUGGAAUACUGUAGCUGGAAAAAGGAUAAAGAAGACUAGCACAAGUGGUCUUAAUGUCCAAACUGCUGUAGAGAGAGAUUACAGAGGACAAAAGGGCCCCAUUAAAGUGCCGAAGCCACAGGCUGCACCUCCUCGUCUACAGCAAGCUUCUGUCAACAAGCAACAGAGCUUUUCUUCACACCCUCAAGAUCACGCAACGCUUGGUGAAAACAAAGGCAGGAGCAGGACUCCCCCAAAAGUGCCUGGAAGAAAAUUAGAGCGAGAAAGAGGCGACGACUAUUCAAAGCGUGAAAGUAUUCACUUUGGUCUGACUCCAGAAGAGCGCAGGGAGAAGCAAGUCAUUGAGGAGUCAAAGUCCUUGUAUGAAAUGCAAAGCAGGGAUGAAGAUGCAUUUCCUGCACUCUGUACUGCAUUACUUGAUCAGACUACUGAAGCCUCCUCUGUGAAAAAGACACCACAUAUAAAUACAGAGAAAAGCACCAGGAGAAAAUCUGAUGGAGAAGAUCAAAGAGACAAAGCGUCCAAAUUGAUUCAGCCAGCGAAAGUGAAAGACGUAAAAGCAGCUGAGGUCCAUGACAGGGAGCGUAGUGCCUGCCACACCUUUAGGAUCAGCAUCUUGAAUGCAAUAGGAUCUAAGGUUUCCUCUGCAGUAACAGUGGUUUUGUCAGCUUUCCCUUCCUUGGGUAAGCGCAAGAGAAAAUCUAAACAUUUGCCUGAUACUAAGGCUCCUGACUCUAGGACUGCAUUAGCCACUCUUGCUCAGUUAUCUGAUAAAGAGAAUACUUCAGUAGCUUCUGAAGAGUUCUGGAAUCAAGUGCAGACUGAAAUAUUCUCUAUAUUGGAAGGUAACCUUAUUCUUGCAGGAGACUUCAACAUGGCCCCACAGUGCCCACUUGACAGGCUGAGACUAAACACAAAACAAAAAAAGCAUAAAAAAGAUAAUCUGGAAACUAAAAAUUUUUCUAGGCUUAUGCAAAACCUGGGCAUUAAGGACAUCUGGAGGAUGCAAAAUCCCGAUGUUAGAGAAUACUCUUGCUUAUCCAAAGCUCAUAAAACACUAUCAAGAAUUGAUCUUUUCCUGAUAGACGAUAGACUGUGUACAUAUGAGGUUAAAGCAAAAAUUCUUCCUAUUAGUAUCUCUGAUCAUGGGCCAAUUACCCUAGAUCUUCAGGAUAAGCAGCCCAAGCUUAAGCUAAAUCGUUUCUUUUUUCCUUCUCACCUAGCAUCAGAUACGAAAUUUAAGAACUGGUUGAGAGCCAAGUUCACUGACUAUGAUCUCUGCAACUCAGAGUAUAGAGAUCGUCCUGCCAUAUUUUGGGAGGCAGCAAAGGCUGUAAUACGAGGUGAAAUCAUAGCCUAUAUGGCAAUACUGAAUAAAAAAAUGCAACAAAGAGAAAAGGAACUAACAAAUGCAGUAAUAAACGCAUAUAAUAGAUUCCUUCUUGACCAAAACUCUGCCAACUGGGCUAAAGAAACUCAGAAAGAGUUAAAAUUACAGUCUAAACUAUAUAAGUAUGGUAACAAGUCUGGGAAACUCCUAGCUAAAUUGGUCAAAAGUGAAAAAAAAUCCUCAACUAUUGAGAAACUGGUGCUAGGUGACAAAGAAGUAUUUAAACAUGAGGAUAUAGCGGAAGAAAUGGAAAAAUAUUAUCAAGAAUUGUAUCAUUCCAGACCCUCUGACUCAGGUCAAGCAGAGGACUUCUGGAGCAAAAUAUCAGUACCUAAGAUAUCCACUGAUUUAGCUGGUACCCUCAAUGCGCAAAUCACAGAGGAAGAAAUUAAAAAAACAAUCUCUGACCUUGCUCUGAAUAAAACCCCUGGGCCAGAUGGGCUACCUAAUGAACUAUAUAAAAUUUUAUCUUCUGAAAUAUCAGCCCAUCUUUCAGUAGUUACUCCUCAUACGCCAAAACUCUCAUCACCAAACUCUCCUAACUGGGACACAGGCGAAGAAAGGGACUACACAGAAGAGAAUCCUCAAGAAGAAGACUGCCCGCUAACCAGGGCAGAUCUGAAGACAUUGCCCUUAAAAGAGGAUUUCUCGACCUUUAUGCAACAGGUGAGCCAGCUGAUCAAAGAUGGUCUGGCAGAUGUCAAAAAAGAUAUUACAGAGUUGGGUAACAGAGUGGUACAGCUCGAAGAUUAUGCCGAGGAACUCUCGGAAUCUACAAACCUGACCACACUACAAUUACAACAUCAAACCACAGAGAUAACUCAGCUACAAAGUCAAAUAGAAGAUUUGGAUAACAGAGGACGCAGACAAAAUCUAAGAAUUAGGGAAAUACCCAAAACUAUCACGCCUACAGACCUGCAACGAUACCUACAGAACCUAUUCCGUUUUCUGCUGAACUCAAAACCAGAACCCCCACAAGGGGCCAUAGAUUACGACAGACCACCCACAGGAGUACCAUCCUCCACAACCCUUAAGCAAAAUCACAACACAUGCAUUGCGCCAUCUCUAAUGCCCUUAACUGAAAUCAAUCCUUCCCAUUCCACUCAACUUUUGCACAGGCAGACCACGUGUCCGCGAUAUGGCAGACCUCACCAAGUGGGCUGGUCAUUCGUACCAAGAUACCCCCUCCACACCGGAAUACUCUCCCCACUCUGUUUGCCCAUGGCGCGAAAUCUCAGGAGCCAGUUACCUAGAGCCCGUAGUCUCACUCACUGCUCCACCAAAAGGCAAAAGACCUCACGGAAACGAGGGUGUAGAGGAAGAGGCACAGCCAUCAAAGAGGCACGACUACAGACCUUGAAAAAAGGUAUUUAUAAUUUGUCAUCACAUAAUUUGACAAGUGAUGAGAUACGGGUUCUAGGUAAAGGCCUUUCAUAUAUUCCUACUAACAAACAUAACAUUUUCUCAUUCUUUGUUGACCUAAAUCAAUUCACUCAGAAGUUGUCUAUGCAGAAAUAUUUUGCUGAAAAAACAUUGAAAAAUAACACUGCGAGACCCAUUCUUACCAACUCUAUGGAUGAUAGACUCAGAAAUGAAUCAAUUCCCACUUAUGAUACUGAUUUAUUGAUAGAUCACUUAUGUGAUGGUUAUAUACAUACAUCCUUCAAAAAUAAAUCUAAUUUCACGCCACAGCUUAAUAAUAAUGCACAUAUCGAAAUAUUUAGACAACUGGUGAAUGACGAUUUUGAGAAACUACCAAAAAAGAUUUUAAAUAAGGACAAUCUGUUCCCUAACGAGAAACGAGCACUAAGCAACCUUAAGAAUAAUAAAUCUUUGGUAAUAAGACAGGCCAAUAAGGGCGGAGGAGUGGUCCUCCAAGAUCUAGAUGAUUAUUUAUUGGAAGCCAAGAAAAUCUUACAUGACACUGCCUAUUAUAAGAAACUUAGUUCAGAUCCGACCAUAGAAUUUAAAUCCUUGCUAAAAGAUAUUAUAGAAUCUGCUUUUGAGAAAGGUAUACUUUUGAAGAAAGAGAAAGAUUAUUUGGUCCCUACUGAGCCCAAUCAAGCCUUUUAUUACCACCUUCCAAAGGGACACACCGUAGGAGAAAGAAAUUUAUCAGGUAAGCAUAAAUUCUGUUUUUUCAAGGUGAAAGCAUUUCAGUACAUUUUUGUUGUCUUUUUUUUCUUCUGCCUUUUUACAAUAUGUUUUCCUUCCUUAGAUAAAAGUAUCCUUCGUUUCUUCUUCAACCUUGGUGUAAAGGCAUAUACAUGCCCAAUGUGGCCGCCUCAUUCAUAUCUGUAUCCUCUUCAUCAGGCUUAUUUAAACAUGUGCAGGAUGUAUCCUAACAUUCCGUUGUAUCCACAAAGCCAUUGGGUGCAGGACACUUCUGUAAAUCAAACUGAAGUAAAUCCAUCACUCCUUGUGCACCAGAUUGAAAUUAGUAUGGAGAGUCAGUGUUCACAAGGUGCAGCUUUGACACCUUUAGUUCAGAGCUCUGCAGAACAAAUAGCUCACCAGACUGGAUCAGCUGUGAACAACCAAGCCCAGCUUCCAAGCAAUGAUUUUGAAGUGGCACUAGCUGGCAAAUCAGUGUUCCCACAAGCUACAUUUGGACAGGGCUCUUAUAUGGGAACUGUCCCAAUAGCUCCUCCUUUCUUUCCACGCUUUUGGUAUGGAUACCCAUAUCAAGGUUAUCUUGAUAACCCUGCAGUAAGACCUAAUGUCUUUAUGGCACCUCAGGAUAGCGAUACAUCAGAAAGCCUUUUAACAGGGGUUGAUGUGGGAAAUAAUUCUUCUUUUCAAGGAGCAAUAAAGCAGUCUCUGGAUUCUGUCAGUGAAUGCAAACUAGAUGAGCCUCUUCUUUUGGUUGAUGCUACAAGCAGUGAUUCUGGUUCCAACACCCCUUCAGUUAAGAAAGAUGAGCAGCUACUAACCUCAAAUGCUGAACAGGUUGAAGUGGAGAAACACAACUUUGCUGUAAAGGACAAACAAGCACCAUCUGGUAUUUUCAUGCAAACCAGUGAUAUUGAAUGUGCGACUUCCGAAUGUAAGGAUUCAGCAGAGAAAGAAAUAGAUUUAGUUUCCUCAGAAACCUUACAACCUAAUCCUGCUGAAGAAUGUACACUUCAAACAAAAGAGGAGAGUUCUGAAGAUGAGCAGGAGGUGUCUAGCAUGCUGAGUAGUGGCAGGUCAAAGAACUAUUAUAGUCAAUCAUUUGGUGUGAGAAGGCCCAGAAACAGGUUUUAUCAAACAAACAGAGGAGGAUACCAGCCUGCAAGAAAUGAAGAUGGCUGGAGAGGGCCAAGAGGCAGAGAGGAUAGCUAUCAACGAAAUUUCAGGGGCAGACCAAAUCGGAGACGACCUAUGGGAGAUAUGUAUAGAGGGCAUCAUGAUUAGAGAUUUUCAAUGUAAUCUUGAGUGAAGAAGAGUUGAUUUUUUAUGUAACUAUAGAAUGAUUAAAUAAACACAGUAUCCUUAAUAAAUGUUUUCAGGGAAA